GGCUGUUUCUAUAAAUAGAAUAUUAAAAGUAUCAAAGAAAAAUAUAGCCUAUUUUGAAUAUAGCUUAUAUAAAGUUGCUUAUGUCGACUCUCUGUCCAUGCGAAUACUUUUUCAUAAUUAUAUUCAAAUAUUAAAAAUGUCGCAUAAAUGAUCGAUUAUUAUUUGGGAAAGGUUACUCUGCGUGUUCUCAUCGAUACUAUAAAAUUGCGAUUAUGUAAGGAGCGAAUUUUUCCAGUUUUUUUUUUUUUUAGACGAGAUAAGAGGAAUUCUUCGUUUGAAAAAAGUCGUAAAGAUCGGAGCGUGCUGUUAAAGGCAGAAUUAUUAUCAGUAUUUUAUCCCUCUUCUACUUUUACCUUCUUCAAAGAUGUGGCUACAGAAAAGGAAACACCAGAGGCAAGGUAUGUGUUUAAAGAAGAUAUACAUAUAAGAUAGGAAACAAAUGUAAAAAAGGGAUCAAAAACUGACCCAGAACACAAUGUAUGUAAAGAAGCGGUAGAUAGAGAGGAAUACAAAGAGCGGAAAACAGGGGAAAUAAAGGAGAAUGACCUGACAAGACGAAAAAGGAUCGAACCCGUUGCAGGCAACAAAAAUGUGGCACUAAGCUUUUAAAUAAGCAAGUAAAUGCAACACUACUUCGCUGUUCAUCCGUUUCAAAUAGAAUUUCAUCCUCUAAAAAUUAUUAAUUGUAAAAUUAUAUAAAUUAUAUAUCUACUUAUAGGGAUAAAAAUCCCGCUUGCUGAAAAUAUUUUAUUAAAAUUAAAAAUGCGUCAUUUUUAUUUUACCUAUCAGCGUAAUGUAUACUAUAUAAACACGUAAUACAUAUUGCGCGUGUCACCAUUCACAAACACCGAAAUUCACAAUGCAUUCCGUACAUGGUAGAACAAAAACACAAUACGCUCUUCUAUACGCUAUAGUCUACUCAAUUAAAUCGUUCCAUUCUAAGGAAAACGUUUAAAUACAUACGUACAUAGCUUCUUCCGCCUUUAAUGCAUAGCACUUCCGCAAUUAGAAUUCUUGAUUAACCCGUGAACUAUGUAAAAAGAAAACUCAUGUUCGCUAACUUCGAGUAACAUCUAAAAAUAAGUGAAUUAAUUCUUUAUUAAUUCCUCUGUUAAUUCCUAUCAAGCAGGUUUCUGGUUAAACUCUUUCAUAGAGCGUGGGGGUCCCGCUAAUUAUGAUCGGUGCGUAUUUGCAACGUAAUACAUACAUAUUUACAAUUUGUUGUUUUAGAAGAACCGUUUGACAGAGAUUUUCUGUGCCACCUCCUUACACAUCAUAUUCUCCUAAUACAAAUCCCCAAUUUGGGGCCAAAAAUUCCUGUCGAUUCCUAAAGAAGGAUUCAUAAUUUGUAAAGAAUUGCUUAGUUCUACAUAACAGCUUAAAGUUAAACAACAAAACUGUAUGUAUUUGUACUUACGUACUGCCACUACCAAUUGUAUUGGCAGAGAGUAACAAAGUAGGAAAAGCGAUAUUAUCGUUCCAAUAGAACGGAACUGGCUGGAGUAGACCGUAGUCAAGUUGCUUGGCUACAAAAUCGUGUUCGUAUAUACGUCGGUGCAUGUCACUUGCACCAGUUGGUCGCAAGAAAGGGACGGAACAAGUGCCAAGGAAACAUGGCGACGCAUUGGAACGUGCCACAGUGAUGCAGCUAACGUGCAACGAGAUCGUUUCUAUCGAGUGAUCAAAGAUACCCGUGGCCUCGCACGCGAAAACAUCUAUCUGGCCAAAUGACAUGGGAAUUUGUAAUCGAAGGCACUUCCUGCUGACAAUAUGCACCUUGCAACUCAUCACUACGGUAGAGCGCCAGGUCUUCGACUUUCUGGGCUUUAUGUGGGCCCCGAUACUGGUCAAUUUUUUCAACAUUAUAUUUGUAAUCUUAGGGUUUUUUGGAGCUUUUCAAUAUAGACCUAAAUAUAUCAUAUCAUAUUGUAUAUGGAAUACACUAUGGUUAGGGUGGAAUAUAUUUAUGAUAUGUUUCUACCUCGAUGUUGGUGUACUUGACAAAAAUAGUGAUAUUUUAAAUCUUGGUACUGGUAGCUUUUCCUGGUGGCAUGUCAAUGGACCAGGUUGUAAAGCUAUUUAUGAUGUUACUGAACCAGAAUUAUUCAGACCUGCCCGACCUACAAACGUGACAGAUUGUGUGCUAGAUUAUGAAGUAGUUGAAAUUUUACAUGCAUCUACUCAAUGCAUCUUAGGUUUUAUUGCAAUAGUAGGUGGUAUUUGUCUAAGUAAGGUUUUCCUGGAGGAAGAUGAUAGCUUUGACUUUGUGGGAGGUGAUGACUUUGGGUUGGCAGGCCACACGCCGUUACAUCCUAUGUACGUUAGCUACUCGGCUCUUCCAUCACCUGCCCACCCUCACAAAAAUUCCGCUCAAAAUUACCCCGCAGGCACAGCUAGCUCUCAUCAAUCAGUUUGUCACGAUACCAGCUUCCCAAAACAUAACGAUAAAACAUUUAACAGCUCCGGACGAAGUAAAUGUAGCUUCAGAAAUGACACGAUCAGAACUGAACGAAGCAAUCUAUCCAGUCGCGACUUAAAGUAUGUUGAUUACUCUAACGACUAUUCGAAUCCGUUGGAUCAUUUACAGAGGCCUGUAUCCCCAUACGACGAAUACGAUUCAUUGGACAGUGCCGCUAAAUUGAAGUAUCAAAAGAACAAAUUGUAUCAUCCGCACUCGUCCAAAUAUAGUCCCGUUGCAUCCCCGCGUGUCAAAUGUCGACCUGUUCCAGCAAAGCAAAUUAAAGCCCCCAACAAGCCUAGAGUCUUUACCGAUCACGUUCGCGAACAGUCAAUGCGGUCGUUUUACUCAGAUCCAAGAUUGGCAAUUGAGAAUCAACAGAACGUGACUGACCAAGAGAAACAGAAUAGGUCUAAAAGAGAUAGUAGACCUCUGUCGUUGUAUGCCAGUAAUUUUUAGAUUGUUAGAAAUUAGAAAAAUAUAUAUAGAGUUUAUUUCCUUCUAACUUAAUCCAUUCGAGGUCGGGGUCUCAUUUGAAGACGAUCCUGAGAAACCUGAUACUAUUUUUUAAUAUUUCAGCAGAACAGUGAACCACUUUUUUAUUUAAACCGAUAAUGAUGUAAAUGUUUCACCCAUUUCUUUUUAUACUAUUCGACUUUUGUAUAGUGUUUCCUGAAGAUUUCUAAAUUAUUGACUUGCUUAAAAUUCUUUUCAAGAGAGGUUGCAUUGGAUUAAUAGUAUAGGAUGCAUACAGUGCAUCGUCGACCUCGAAUUGAUUAAAACAGCAUAUGGACUGAGGUUAAAUGUAUUUUAAUGCUAAUUUGUAGAGAAUUCGAAGGUGUUACAUAGAAUUCCUAUCCUUGCCAAAUAGAUAGAACGAUUAGAGAGUAGCUAGCUUAGGGUGCCUUCUCCGAUUGAUUUAUUCUUGUUAGUCUAGAAAGAAUAUCUUUCUUAAAUCAGUUUUUUAACAUCACAGUAACAGGUUAAUAAUUUCUACUACGUCUUUAAAGUAUUUCGACUGACAACGCGGAAUAAACAAUGUGUGUUCAGUAGCAUCGUUUGCUUUUUCGUGUUUAUAUUAAUUCUUUUUUUAUGAAGAUUUUUAUUUACAUUUGCUCAUAGAUAUUUUCAUAUAUACGAUUCAUGUUGGAUUAGACAACAUGCAUUUUUAUAUUAAUACAUACACUGUGAUACGUAUAGAACUAUGAAUCAUGUUGGUUGAAAAUGUUUAUUCGAUCUUUUUAUUAUCGAACUUGUAACUUUAAGAAGCUAUGCUUGAUAGAUGAGCUUUCAUAAUAUACGAGACAAAAUAACGUUGCAUCUGAAAGGGAACAAAGAGUACAGCAUGAAUGGAAGAAACGCUACAUGUAAACGUUCACUAAUGUAUAGGGUUAUUUAUAUUUUUUUUUUCUUUUUGUUAUACGAAUAGUACUUAUUAAGAAUUCCCUUGAUGACACGCGUGGCCUGGCUUACGACAUAGCAUUAUGAUAGAGACCUUUAGACUGCAUUGAAAUUAGCUUAUUGUAUCAUGAUGGUGAAGAACUUGUGUUUAUAAGGUGCUGCGAAACACUUUUUCAUUUUAAUGAAACGUGUAUGAGUAUUUGGUAGUGCAUGCUAAUACUUGUUUACGGUUCUUAAGUUCGAUAAAAUAUUUUAUUUUAUAUUCUUCUUUUUUAAACAACGAUGAAGCUACAUUUUGCAUAUCUAUGUAGAUGAAAAUGUACAAAUAAUCGAAAUUUGUAAGAUACCAUAUACACAGACUCCCUCAUAAAUUUUUAUUAAAUUAGUACUUUUGACAUUCCAUGGAUCGAUUAAUCGAAGAAUGUCUAAUAAUAUGUCGAAGCUAAAAAGAAAAAUCUGAAGUGACGAAGAAGCUGUUCUUAUUAUAGACUUCUGUGCAUCUUAAUUACACAGAAUGUUCUGUGAGUUACAGAUCAAGGCUCGUUGAAAUAUUAGUCCAAUCAUAAGUGUGAUGAGUGAACAACAUUCAAUAAAUCAUCAGGUAUUUAACAACUAAGCUUAUAUUCUAGUUGAAGAUUGAUUUAAUUAAGAUAUGAAAUUUCAUUAAAGGAAAAAGAAAGAUACACAAAUUGCUUACUCACCAAGAAUUGGUUUCUUCAGGUGGUACGAAUAUAAAUCACGAAUAAGCACGAAGAUAUCACUGUUUCCACUGUUCUGAUAAACAGUUGGUUAAUUUGCCAACAAUCAAAAUCGCACAAUAAUCGAUCAAUGAACAUUUAAUGCAAUCCGAUAAUAGACAAUACUUAUAACGCAAUGCUUAUUGAGCUGUGCAUAUACAAAUGCACUGAAGAAACGAUAGAGUUACGUUUUGCAGUGAUUAAUUGAUGCAGAUAGUUACAUAAUUUUCAAUGUUAAGUAUCUACAUUCAGGUAUACACCUAUUCUAAACAUCUGUCACAGUCACAAUGAUGUAGCUCUAUGCAAUAAUGAGUUGUUUCUCUCAUCACAUCUCAUUGGACCUAAAGCUGACCUUGUUCACGACUCACGAUACUGCCUGUGCGUUACUUAAGAUAUAUUACUUUAAGUUUAAUUCUUAUUGAAUAACUUUGCAAACAUUGCAUACAAUAUUAUUCGCACAAUUAUAUGAUUCAAUCAUCUAUUAUAUUUUAAGUCAGAUAUACUUGACUUAAUGGAUUUUGCAAGUAAAUUGCUCACUAAAUGUAUACUGUAUAUAUAUAUAAUUAGUAAUAAAACGUUUCACAUUAUGUACAGAGGAUUUAGCCGAAUAUUUAAUAUUAACGAGUCACUUCAGAUUCAACGUUAAAACGUUUGUUCGUAGUACAAUCGAAGAUUCUUUUAUCUUUUCCUUCUUUUGUCGAAAGCUUGUACAGUAGUGUCGUUGUGUACUUCGUUAAGGCCGUAGAUUUUAAUUUUAUAGUAUAAUUUAUUUUACUGUAUCAUAUAAUUUACUUUUGGUGCAGUUUACUGGCGACAAUAAACGUGCAAUGCCUACUA